AUGAAUGACACGGAUGAUGUCGCCAACAGGCUUGCCGAGCUGCUGCGGCAUCCUGAUGACUUGGAAAAGAUCUCGUCGUUGAAAAAUGAAUUCACACGCAAAAAAGCCGCCGUCGAUGGCCAGCUGCGUAUAGGUCUCAAAGAGCAGCUAGAGAUCACCCAGCAGGGAAUGUCCAGCAUCAAUGACGGUCAACAUACUGUCAAUCUGAUCAAAGACGAGAUGAUCAAGAUCGACCGCCUCUGCGUCGAGGCCCAGAACAUGAUCCAAGAUUUCCCUUUCGUCGAUAAAGUCGCCCAGACACAUCGCAACUUUGCCCAGGUCGAAGAUAUGAAGGCACAAAUCGAGUCUUUCGGUCGCAACCUGGAUCAUCUCGAAAACUUGCUCCGUGAAGACGACGAGAACCCCGAGAACCAGGACAAUCUUCUUGCCAUACAUUUCGGCCUCACCAAACUGCGCGACAUCCGAGACAUUGCUUUGGACUCGAUCAAGUCAUCCACCGAAGAUGCAGGUACCGAGCUCAUCAACAACCUCCAGCUUGGUGAAACAGGUGCCACUUUGCAAGACCACUUCACCAGGCUAGAUGAUGUGAUCGACUGGUUCGACGAGCACGUAGGUACCGCAUGCUUGAACCUCAUCCCGCUUGUGCAGUCAGGCAACAAUGGUAUCAUCGUGAGAUUGGCCUUGAUUGUCGAAAAAGAAGAAGAGAAAGACCGUCAGGUCGAGGCUCUUCAACAUGCUCAUCGAGAGUUCAAAGACCUGGCUUCCCGCUUCAAGUCCAUGAAUGCCGGCCAAAAAGAACUACGCGGCUACAAAGACAAGUUUCUCAAAGCCAUCGAAUACAACUGUCGGGCCCAAUUCGACCAAGCCGGAGAAUCUUUCUUCGAGGAUCCGGACAAGCUUGAGAAGAGUGUGCGCUGGUACUUCAAUGAUCUCAAUACCGUCAAACUGGGCAUGCAAAGCCUCAUGCCUAGAAAGUGGCGCAUCUUCAAGACUUAUGUCGCCAUAUAUCACAAACUCAUGCACGACUUUCUCGUUUCCAAAGUCCAAGACGACCAGCUGAACCCGCCGCACAUGCUGGCGAUCGUCCAUUGGGUCACCAAAUACUACGCUAAGAUGGACAAGCUUGGGGUUUCGGCUGAUCAACUCCAUCCUCACGUCAUCGACGACCGAGAAGCAGACAUCAUCCGUGAAUACAGGACCCUCAUCACCAAUGCUGUGGAGCAAUGGAUGGAUCGCAUGUCGGCGACUGAUCGCCAGACUUUCUUGGAACGCAAAGAAAACACACUCGACACAGACGCCGAAGGCCAUCUUCGGACCAAAACCCUGGGCGACUUGUGGCGCAUGCUACGCGAACAACUCACCGUUGCGGCAUCCUCUGACAGGCCCGAUGUCGUCGAAGGCGUCGUUGAGUCCAUGAUGCGCGCUCUACAAUCAAGACAGGCCAUGUGGCAGCGGCUCAUCGACUCUGAAGCUCAAAAGUAUACUUCGCCUGCCAUGCCACAAGUUGAACAGGAAGGCCUGCAGCCGCUGCAGGACUGGCUCGUCGCUAUUGCCAACGACCAAAUUGCAUGCAUCGAUGAUCAGGAAGACCAAGGGCAAAUAUCAUACCUCACUACCUUUAGACGUGAAUACGAGACGAUGGUCACACCGGCAUAUGCGAUCUCAUCGAACACCGAGCUCGAUACUCUGCGGGACGGCUACGUCGACCUUGGUACGCAUUGCAUAUCUCUCUUUACAUCUCUCAUCUUCUCGGUCGACUUCCGCACUAUUCUUGCCGAGUUCUUUACACCUGCAUGGUACAACAAGAAAGCAAUGGCCCAGAUCAUCUCUACCUUUGAAGACUACUUGGCCGAUUACUCUGAUGUAUUGCACCCUUCAUUAAGAGACGUUCUCGUCGAGGAGCUUUCUGAUGAACUGCUGGUCCGAUAUCUAUCGGCCAUUCGCAAUCGCGGCGUCAAGUUUAGACGUGGUGAUCCUUUCAAUGAGAAGAUCAAGGACGAUGUUUUGACUGUUUUCAACUUCUUCUCAACUCAAGAAGCUUCGUUCCCUGCCAUCAAAGACAAAUGGAGAGCCGUGAACGCCUUCGUCGAGCUUCUUAACGCCGAGAAAGGACCUGCGGUCGCGGAUGCGUAUGAACAAUUCAAGCGAGAGAAUUGGGACCUGCAGAUUGGCUGGGUCGAGGCUGUGCUGAGAACCCGCGACGAUUGUGACAGGUCCUUGAUUGGACUUGUCAAGGCCCGGGCUGCCGAGGUGGAAGUCGAAAGAGGUAUGGAGACUGUCAUGAGCAAAGUGAGAUGA